AUGGAAGAAAACGAGCGCCGACGCAUCCUCAUCAUCAUCACCACCGACAUCCUCAUCAUCUUCCUCAUCACCAUGCCACUCGAUUGGUUGGAACUUCCUUCCAAUGUCACUUGGAGCUAUGUUGCGUGGGCUGAGAAUGACGAUGACAUUCCUGAAAGGACGAGCGAGAGAUCUCGGAAGCGCGUUCGAGGAGACUCUGCACGAACGUUCCACGUCGUCACCGAGCGGAUCGAGAAACACGGGAUACCGCGAUCGCGUAUCGCGCGUUCGAACUCGGUGGAAGUCACCGGCGAUCGGUCGUCGAGAUCUCGACGGCUGGAUUUCCUUCUCUCGAUGAUGCUUUCCGUCCUCGGCCGCGUCGGCGGAACGGUAGGCGUCGACCGGAAACGGGAUCGUCUCCGACUUUCGUUACACCCCGUAUUCCCGACCGUCUUCUCGCACCCGGUGAAUUCGGGCUCUCGACGGAGAGACCGCGUCCCCGAAACGGCGAUUCGCCUCUCGAAAGAGUCCUCGGAGCGGUCGGGUGUCGUUCUCCCUCGAGAUACCUGUUCUCCCUCGCGGUGCGGAUGCCUCCCUUCCCCCUUCCUCACGCACCUUUUCCUUCUUUCUCUUCCCCGAGGUCCGGAUGGAUGCUGCGAUUCCGCGAGGCACGAGAGAGGAGUGGAAGGCACCGGCGUCCUCCUACCCUGUCGUCUCGCCCUCCCCGCCCUCCCCGCCCUCCCCCUCCGAGAGCGACCCGUCCCGUUCAUCGUGAAGUGGCUCAAAAAGGACGGAUCGUCGGGGGAGAACCGACCGGUCUUCAUCCACUACGAGAAGUACCCUCCGCACGUGGACGAGGGAUACCGAGGGAGGAUGGGGCUCGCCCAGACGGAAACGGCUGCCGAUCUCAACGUCUCCUCGUUGAAGCCCUCCGAUGCCGGCUGGUACGGAUGCCAGGUGAUCCUCCUCGAUCGAUCCCCCAACGGACACCAUCCCAUCCGCUGGAUCCACCUCGACGUCCUCCCCCUGCCGGAGACGCUGCGGUUCGCCGUCCGGCCUCCGGAGGAAGUCCUGGUCCACGAGGGGGAGAACCUCGUCCUGAACUGCGAGGCCGUGGGGGAUCCGGAACCCUCCGUCGCCUGGUCGAAGGGAGCCGAACCCGUCCCGGUCGAGGGGAGGUACGCGCUGGGCCGGGACGGAAAGGAGUUGGUCGUCACCGGCGUGGAGGAAGGAGAUCUGGGCGAGUUCGUGUGCCGGGCCGAGAAUUCCAGAGCCACCAUCCAGACUCGCGUCACCGUCUCGACCUUCCGUGCGUCCGUCUUCUCUCUUCUUCGACGUCGCGCAGGGACCGCGAUCGGUCGAGUCGAGACCAAACCAAACCGGCGGAUUCCCGGAAAAAUCCCGUAUUCUCUCCCUCCUCCCCGUCGCACGGUUAAAAUGAAACCACCCGUGUCACAUCGAUACGAACUCGAUGGAGCCUCCUACGAGUGA